UCUGGAAGAUCAUGUUACACGGAUGGAUCAAAGCUAGAGAACUGAGUGGGCCUGAGGGUCUACAUUGAGUAAGGGGGAAUGAAAGGGCAAACGAUUUGGCAGUGAAGGCCAGAGAACUGCCGUCAAUAAAUUCGGUUAACUCGAAGCUUUUCGGGUGGACGCAGUUCGAUUUAAGGCCGUGGGCGACGAAUGCGCAUGUAACACGGUGCAACAGCGAAACAGUCGGUUGGACGGCGAAAAUCCUAUGGGGUGAUCCGGAUCGCGAGAGAACGAGGCUAUUACUGAAAGGAAGUAAGAUGGAGGUCAGUAUAGCUAUUGGUAUCAUAACGGGACACAUAGGACUACGAGCUCACUUAUGUAAAAUCGGUGCGGCAAGUGAUAGCAUGUGUAAUGCGGCUUAUCAUUGCCCGGCUAUCGCGUCUAACAGAUACCAGCACUUAGGUGGGGACACAAUACCAGACAUGAACCAACAUAGGGAAGUUAUAUGGAAAACAAUUAAGGAUUUUGUAAGUAACACGGAAUUUCUAACUUAAAAUUUUCUUUUUCGAGGUUACUCUUUAGUUUUUAGAGCGCAAAACAAACCGAUUACUGGCUUAGGUUGGAGCGGAUUAAUAUCUGCACCCUAUUUUCAACCUAACCUACUACAAGGCGUGUGCAAGCGUAGCAACUCUUUGCUCUUUCGAGCACUGGCUUAGGUUGGAGCGAAUUAAUAUCUGCACCCUAUUUUCAACCUAACCUACUACAAGGUGUGUGCAAGCGUAGCAACUCUUUGCUCUUUCGAGCCCAACUUUUUCUUGCUUUGGUGUAAGAUAGUGUGAGCUCGUUUUUCAAUUUAUGCUGCAUCCUUUCAAGGGAUAUUUUCAGAUCUUAAGUCGUUUGUUUGCCACUACGUUCUGGAUUUUGUUAAAUUCUUCGAGUCUUCACUCGCCGAACCAUUUCAGGCGUUGUUGCGGUUUAUUUGGACCACCAUUCAUAAAUUUUUGGACCAUCUUUAUAACGAUUUAUGGUGCGAUAUACAAACGUUUUGUUCACUUUGAGGUAUUUGAGUUCGCAAACAAUAGCCUGCUGUGAUUUUCAAUCAGUUUCAAUCAUUUCAAUCACACUAUUACGCUUGAGCUUCAUCACGAAACCUUCUUUUAAAAUAAAACAAGAGGCAAAAGCUUUUGGUCAAUAAAACAAAUAUCAUGCUAAUGUUUCAUGUCAUCUAUUCUGUAAACUCCAAAUGUUACGUCUUAGACCGAUAAAAGGCAAAUUUUCUACCCGAUUAUGCAGAAAUUUGAUUACCAAAAUGUUUCAACUGCAGAAUAUUUCGGGAGCACUUUUCGUUCUGAUGGUCUUAGGAGCUGAGGCUUGUUUUACAACUCAAUACCUUGGCAAUUCAAUACACCCAACCUUAAAGGAUCAUUGUUUCCACGAAGACUUUAAUCUAACCAUACCCGUAGAGAUGACCAUCUAUCCCACCAAUAUUGAAUUCAAAUGCUUCAAAGUUCAUUGCCGUUCAGAUUUUGUAUUGGAAAUGAAACACUGUGAUCGUUAUCCCAACUAUUGCACUGAGUCUUCAUCGUUUGAUUAUACAAAACCCUAUCCGGAUUGUUGUCCCAAAGUGGAGUGUCCACAAAAUUUAGUGUAGCUUUGAAUGUUUGUUUGAUUUAAUGUAUUUACAUGAUUAUUUGUUAUACAAACUAAGAAAGUGUUAAAGAAAUUAUAUUUUUUUGUUAGAA